GGUUCCCGAAAAUGCAUCCAGGUUCCAUCUGUACGUCCAGGUUCAUCUUCUUUGUAGAUAAUUUAUAUUCUAAUACAUCGUUUCGAUCGACCUCCGAUAAACCAUCAAAUCUUAAACUAAGGUUGUCUCGGUCGGAUCUUAGUUGUGAAUUAUGAGUUCCGUUGUGAAAUCAGAGGAGGAAUGGCGUGCAGUUCUUUCUCCUGAACAAUUCCGCAUCCUUCGAAACAAAGGAACUGAGCCAAAAGGCACUGGUGAAUACAACAAGUUUUUUGGUGAUGGGGUAUACACUUGUGCUGGUUGUGGAACACCACUUUAUAAAUCAACCACCAAGUUCAACUCGGGGUGUGGUUGGCCUGCUUUCUAUGAAGGUCUACCCGGAGCAAUCACCCGCACUGCCGACCCGGAUGGAAGGAGGACCGAAAUUACUUGCACUGCUUGUGGAGGACACUUAGGCCAUGUGUUUAAAGGUGAGGGUUUCAAGACACCUACAGAUGAAAGGCAUUGUGUUAACAGUAUCUCCAUCAAGUUUACUUCUGAAGGCACUUCUUCAGCUUCUCUUUGAUACGUUCUUAUCCGCAUUGUCGUGACUGUGAGACAACAAGUAAUAAUUUCUAGCCUUUGAAUUGGUUGUGCUUUUGUAUGAUGAAAUUCUUGGAUUGUAUUUUAUCGCUAGUGAUUGAUGUCUUCAAUAAACAAAAUCCUAAACC